CAACUAGAUUGGUCAAAUCCUAAAGUCAACCGUUCAACCAACUCAACUUUAGCAUCAAACUAGGCGACAAGAUGAAGAUCUUUGUGACUAUUUCGCUAACACUGGCCGCGCUUGCAACCGCGGAUAUUUCACUACGCAAUGGCUAUAAUUAUCAAGUGCAACAACCACUGAUCUCACAGAUAGUCAACUCGCUUGCCCAACAACAGCAACAGCAGCAGCAACAACAGCCGCAACAUCUGCCAGGUAGCAUUCACAACCCCAUGCAAAUAACUCAACCCAGUCAGCAAUAUAUACCCGCAUUGCAACAAUCGAGACGGCCCUUAUUACCACAACAACAAUUGCCGUCACUGCCACCACAACAACAGCUGCAAGCACUAGCGCAUAUACAGUCACAACCACCACAACAACAAGUACAAUCACCACCACUGCAACAACCCCUCGGACGUUUGACGCAAAACCCUGUGGCAUUACCGAUGCCAUCUAACUUCCCCUCGUCAGCAGGUUUCCAAGUGCCCAUUGCACCAGUGAGCGCUAGCAAGCAGUCGCGCCGCUUGCGAUCACGCGUCAAGGUGCCAAAGAAGGCUAUAGUCACCAAGAGUUUCUUCAUACACUCAGCACCCGAGGAGAAUGAGGAGGAGGUUCAGGAUGAACUCAAUCAAUUGGCUGCUCAACCACGCAAACACUACAAUGUACUGUUCGUGAAGACACCAGCGCAAACCAGUAAGGCUGCGGCUGUCAAUCUGGCCAAGGCGUUGAAUGAGGAAAAGACUGUUGUUUAUGUGUUGUCGAAGAAGACCUCAGCCGCUGACUUGCAGGAUGCCAUACAAGAGGCACCACAACACAUUAACAAACCCGAAGUGUUCUUCAUUAAAUAUCGCACACCCGAGGAGGCGGCCAAUGCACAGCGACAAAUCCAAUCGCAAUAUGACAGUUUGGGCGGUACCUCUACCAUUACCGAUGAAGGUUUGGCGCCAGUCACUUCAGUUGUGGGCUCACUCGAUGCAUCCGAGGAGGAAGAUGUCGAAGACGAGCAACAGUUGGUUCAACAACAGCCGGCCGCUCAAGAUGGUUCAUACGAAGAUCAAUUCCCAAAUGCCAUCAAUCCACCAGCCAGUGGUCAGUACUUACCACCCCUAAAUCAGUACUAAAGAUCUUCAUUUUGCUAAUGAAUGCUUCAUGUUAGUUGUUAUGAAUUUAUGUGAGAGAGUUCAAGAAAACAUUCCACAACUUUCUUUUGUUAAUCUAGUUUUAAGUUUGUAGAAAAUUAAGUGCACAUUUGCAAAUAAAAAUUAACCUUC